AUGCAGGGGCACUCGCAUUGCUGGUUCUGUGUAUCGGCUGCAUGGACCGCACAGCCCUUCGACCUGGAUAAUUACACCAAUGCCAACUGCCUGUGUCCAGCCACUGCCACCGGAGGGAAGUGCAUGGCUGGGUUCUACUGCCCUGAGGGCAGCCUUGAGCCCAUUCUCUGCCCUCCAGGGUUUUACUGCCAUGUGUCAGGUCUGUCUGAACCCAGCGGGAAAUGUGCCGCUGGGUUUUAUUGCACAGGAGGAGCAGCCAGCUCUAAACCAACUGAUGGUGCUACUGGGAAUAUCUGCCCUCUGGGCACCUACUGCACUGCAGGGUCAACAAUGCCCAGGCUCUGCCCACCUGGUACCUUUUCCAACCUGCUAGGGCAGAGCAUGGUUUCUGAGUGCCAGCUUUGUCCCUCUGGAUUUUAUUGUGAAGGUUCUGGCCUCAGUGACCCCAGUGGAGAGUGCUGGGAAGGUUACUACUGUGACAGCAGCCAAGGGCCAGUCAGUGAUUUCACCCUUUACCCAUGCCCUCAGGGCUUUUACUGCCCAGCUGGAACACACCAGGGCACUCAAUAUAGCUGUCCCCCAGGUACCUUUGGUCCCAGGCAGAAGCUGAAGAGUAUCCAGGAAUGUCAGAGAUGCCCACUGGGAAAAUACUGUGAGUUUCCCGGUCUCUCCACCCCAACAGGGGACUGUGCUGAAGGAUUCUGGUGCAAAGGAGGUGCCCAAGUAAGAGACCCAAUGGAUGGAGUAACAGGACUCCCAUGUCCUCCUGGGCAUUAUUGUCUUGCAGGAACACCCACUCCAUCUAUGUGCCCACAUGGCACCUGGUCCAGCAACGAAGGGAAUAAGAAUCUGUGGGGAUGCCAGCCUUGUUCGGGAGGACAUUACUGCAAUAGCACUGGACUAGUAGCACCAUCAGGACACUGCAGCCCAGGGUUUUACUGCAUUGGUGGGGCCAGAACACCGACACCCACCGAUGGCCUCUCAGGAGCUCCAUGCCCCAUGGGACACUUCUGUCCCCUGGGAACCAAGAAUCCCAUCCCCUGCUCCCCUGGCACUUACAUGCCACAGACACAUGGAGAAGAGUGCUACCCCUGCCCAGAGGGUAAAUACUGUGUUCCUCUUCAGAAGCCACAAUUUUGUCCUAAAGGCUUCUUCUGUCCCAAAGGAACAGGUCUUGACUGGCAGCCUUGCCCACCAGGGACCUAUAGCCCCGAGCAAGGGCUGGAGAGCAGCACUGGGUGCAGAGCUUGUGAUGGAGGGAUAGUGCUGGGAAGGCUACUACUGUGCACAGGCAUCAGACAGGCCCAACCCAGAGGCCAGGCUCCAAGGUCAGGCUGGCCCUUGUCCUCCAGGCCACUACUGUCCAAAGGGCACUGCUGUCCCCAAGCAUUGUCCUGUGGGAACCUUCAGCACAAGGAUCAAAUUGAGCUCAGAGGACAUUUUUGCCCCAGGGGCACAUCCAUUCCAUUGGCUUGUCCAGCAGGGUCAUAUAACCCUCUACAAAGGCAAGCCAGCUGCCUUCUCUGUGCUAGAGGGUUCUUUUGUCCUAAGAAUUCCUCUUCUCUUGCUGGGAGUGAAUGUCCAGCUGGCCAUUACUGCCCCCCUGGUACAGCUUCAGCGACUCAAUACCCAUGCCCCAGAGGGACUUACAACCCACAGAUCGGCAGCAGUCAUGUUUCUCACUGUAUCCCUUGUGAUCCAGGGUAUUUCUGCAAUGGAACUGGACUCAUAUCUCCUUCUGGUGUCUGUGAAGCUGGGUUCUAUUGCACCAGAGGAGCUGUUUCUCCUAGCCCUUCCAUAACCACAAGCAGUGGCGGGCCAUGUCCCCCAGGACACUACUGCACAGUGGGGAGCAGCAGAGCACAGCCAUGCCCUGCAGGGAGCUAUAGCCCAUUCUGGGGCAUGGUGCUGUGUUUGGAGUGCCCAGAAGGCUUUUACUGUAAGGCUGGUUCCAGCAAUUACACAGACUGUCCUGAAGGAUAUUACUGCCCAAGGAAUACGGAGUUUGCCACACAGUAUCCCUGUCCACCAGGAACCUACAGUGAGCAGUUAAACACAAGGGAUGCCUCCAAGUGCCAGCUGUGUCCCCCUGGAAAAGUCUGCUCCAAAUCAGGCUUGACAAGUCCUGAUGGACCAUGCACACCUGGAUGGUUUUGUCCACCCGGAUCGGCAUCAGGCGAGCCAAUAUCCCUAGGGUCAGAAGCUUCACCUCAUGGGUCCUUCAGGCUAUGCCAAGCGGGAACAUAUUGUCCUGGUGGUUCAUCCCUUCCUAUUCCCUGUACCCCAGGCUCAUACUGUGCAUCUGCAGAGCUGGCUGCGCCAUCUGGUCCCUGUGAUGCUGGCUUUUACUGCAUUGGGGGGUCCACGCUCCCCAACCCAACAGAUGGGGCAGUGGGAAAUAUUUGUCCUCCAGGCUACGUGUGUCCGAAAGGAAGUUCUUCUCCAUCUCCAUGUCCCCCAGGCUCUUUUUUGGCCCAUCAGGGUGGUCAAUCAGCACAAGAUUGCCAGCCCUGUUUAGCAGGAUGGUUCUGCUCCCACCGAGGUCAAAGUACACCAGAGGGGAGAUGUAAGGAAGGCUGGUUUUGCCCAGAGGGGUCUGUAUCAGGCCUUAAUCCAGAUUAUAUAUGUCCUGUUGGGCACUAUUGCCCAACAGGCAGCCCAGAGCCCAAACCCUGUCCCUCUGGGAAAUAUCAGGACCAGACUGGUCAAAGCCUGUGCAAGACGUGCCCAGCAGGAAAGUUCUGUGGCCCAGAAGUCCAAAUCCAAGAUCACAAUGAGACCUUUUCACAUGGAACAAUGAAGCCAGCAGAUUGCCCGGCUGGAUACUACUGCCUCUCAGGAACUAAAGCUGCCAAGCAGUACCCAUGCCCCGAGGGCACCUUCAGUAACCAAACUGGGCUGAGCAAUUCCAAGGACUGCAGAGCUUGCCCUGGGGGAAAAUUCUGUGCAGAUGCAGGUCUCUUGACCCCGAGUGGCCCUUGUUUGCCCAGGUAUUACUGCAUUUUGAAGGCACGUGAACCUGUCAUGAUGGCUAUUACUGUGAUAUGA